AUGGGCAAGUCGCGCCCCGACAGCACCGCUCCUCCUGCGGCGACAACGGCGGCCGCUGGCAAGCCUCAGCAGCCACGCAGGAAGGCCAACAUUGUCAAGUCGGGCAACGCAGGGUCCAACAAGCCGGCGCCCGCCCCGCUCGCGCCAGGAGAAGCGCCCCCUCCUCCUCCCCUCUUCCCGAUCGGCUAUAAAACCCCUCUCUCCCUUCUCUCGGAGCGAUGUCAAAAGUCUGGCUGGGACAGGCCUUCUGUUGAUCCGAAGAAGGGCACCCUGCCGAACUCCUGGACGGCGAGCGUGACCCUGAAGCGGAAGAACCCGAAGUCGGGAGACUUCGAGACGGUCUACAUGCGCCCUCCUCCUCCUCCUUCGGACAUUGCGGUGGAGAAGCCGAGCGCGAUGGAAGCCAAGCACUGGGCUGCCGUCUACGCCCUCUUCCGCUUCUCGAACAACCUUCGACUAAACCUGCAGCUCCCUCCUUCGACAAGAGACUACUGGGCUGCGCUGAAGAAGGAGAAGGCGGCGUCACCGCCAAACAAGCAAUGGCUGUGGUCCACUACGCCCUUCGAGACAGCCGCCGCCGCUCCUCCCCCGCCAACCGCUUCCACCGCUCCCACCGCUUCCGCCUCGAAAACCGCCUCCCGCGCGCCUUCCGCCUCUACCUCUCGCUCGGCAACGCCAGCUUCCAACGGUCCGGUGCUCCCCACAACCGGAAGAACAACGCCCGCGCCGCUCCCGAAAAGCUGGCAAGAAGCGCCUGAAGUCCGAAUGCCAACCGCCCUUCGCGACCUCGUCGAGCGUACCAUUCGCGACUCCCUACCCGACCUCACAGACGCCGAUCUCGGCUUCGGCGAGAACGGCAACGGUGCGGGCAACGACCACGACCUUGACUCGCCCGGUCCUGGCAGCGGAGCGGCGACACCAAUUGGCCUUUCACCCGACGAGAAGGCUGUCGAGCAGCACUUCCUUUCGCUCGGUUUCCGCAAAGGCCACGUCUCUCGCGCUCUCGCUUACGUCCGCUCUUCCUCGGCACCUACCUCGCAACACGCCCUGCGAUCCGAGGUCAUGCAACACCUGCACCUCCUCGUCCCCGAGUCCGAUCUUCCUCCCUCGUUCCAGUCCAGUCGACCGCCCGAUGCGACAAUACGAAACGCAACGGCGAAGGACAGGGAGGAGCUCGGACGAUUGUGGCGAGCUGAGGGUCUUGCGAGAGAGGUGGGCGUGCCGGUUGAAUGGGCUGUCAAGGAGAUGGAGCGGGUGCGGGUGCGUGGCGGACCCGCUUUGACGGACGAGGAGCUCGAAGGUCGCGUGCUGGAUGUCCUUGUGAGGCGUUUGAUGGACGGCUCGUCGGGCGACGAGGUGGACGAGGACGAACGAUCGAAGCUUGCGGAGGAGCAGCUGCUCGAGUGGUGGGCGACUGACCCGCUUGCCGCGCUGUCCAAGGAGGACAAAGCCGACCUGAGGCAGCGACGAGACGACGAGCUCCUCGGCCUGGAAGGCCUCUUCGGCUCGCGCUUCCAGCGGCGGAAAGACGGAUUCGAGAUCGCUGUCCCAACGUCUGCCCGUGGCGCAGCCCUAGCACUGCGAGUCGUCUUUCACCCUUCAUCUCUCUACCCUUCGCCCCUCGCACCCGGCUCGCCCGUCGCCCUACCCACCUUCUUCGUCUCAUCUCCCUCUCUCCCGCCCUACAUCCGCCUCCACCUUCUCUACCUGCUCGCUUCCGCCUUUCCCUCCUCAACCUCGCCAAACAGCGGCGCAUGGCUUGAACUCGCCGAGCUUGGGUAUGGAGGCGUUGUCGGCGAGAUGGUCUCGUUCCUUGAAGAGAACGCGCAGAGCGUGAUCGACCAUCCUCCCGAUGCGAGGGACGUGAUGGACCGGCUCGUUGCGCCGUCAGUGCGAGCAUUGGCGCUCAGCGUUGAAGCGAGCAGGCGGAUCACCAAGGCGCCGGGAGGCGAUGGACGACGGAAAGGCCGCCAGAACACCCUUCGCGCGACGCCGGAACAGCAACUUGCGCUCAAGCGGGCGUACGAGGAGCUGCAGCAGACACCGGCGUACCAGAACAUGCUCGAGCAGCGGAAGAGGCUGCCGGCUUGGGGGAUGAGGGAGAAGAUUGUCGACCUCAUCCGCAAGUCGCGCGUGGUCAUUGUCUGCGGCGAAACAGGUUCGGGAAAGACGACCCAGGUCCCAGCUUUCGUCCUCGAAGAUGCCAUCCUCCGAGGCGAAGGAGCGUCAACUAACAUCGUUGUAACGCAACCUCGGCGAGUCAGCGCUAUUGGUGUUGCCUCUCGUGUCGCAGCAGAGCGAUGCGAGGACCUCUCGCCUUCAUCGCCGCCUGGAGCGGGCAACCUCGUCGGCUAUGCGAUCCGAGGCGAGCGCCGCGCAGGCUCAGGCUGUCGCGCCUUGUUCUGCACGACCGGUGUCGUCCUCGCUCGACUUGGUCGUGGAGGCGACGAGGACCUGUCUGGCGUCUCGCACAUCUUCAUCGACGAGGUGCACGAGCGUAGCGUAGACUCGGACUUCUUGCUUCUCGAGCUUCGGUCCAUCCUCGCGCGCAACCCGAACCUCAAGGUCAUUCUCAUGUCGGCUACCAUCAAUCAGCAGCAGUUCUCCGACUACUUCGGCGGAGCGCCUUGCAUCGAGAUUCCCGGCUUUACCCACCCCGUCCAGGACUUUUACCUCGAGUCGUACCUCCCGUCACUCCUCUCCUCGGGCGCCUACCGACCCAGCGGCAAGCCCGCUCGCAAGGCGACACAAUCGCAGCUCGACCGAAUGCGAUCAAGCUUCAUCGAUCGGGGCGUCAACUCGGACGACGUGCGGUCCUUGCAAGCGCUCGAGCUCGCUACCCGAGCCGAGAAGAUCGACUUUGGCCUCGUUGGCGCGACAGUCGCGCACUGUCUCGAGUCGUCACAAGACGUCGGAGGCGACGUCCUCGUUUUCCAAACUGGUGUGCUCGAGAUCAAGCAGUCGAUCGAGGCCAUCCGCUCCGCCGUCCCCUCAUCGAUGCUCUCCUCCCUCCUCAUCCUCCCGCUCCACGCGAACCUCACCUCGCAAGAACAGACAGCCGUCUUUCGCCCCACCCCUCGCGGGAAACGCAAGAUUGUCGUCGCUACAAACGUCGCCGAGACGUCCAUCACGAUUGACGGGAUCAUCUACGUUGUCGACUGUGGGCGGGUCAAGGAGAACCAGUUCGACCCAGACAGCGGGAUCACACGGCUCGUCGAGUGCUGGACGAGCCGCGCAGGGUGCAGGCAGCGCCGUGGACGCGCGGGACGAACGAGACCCGGCAUGUGCUACAAGCUCUUCACGCACUACACCGAGGAAAACGCCAUGUCGCCCCAGCCUACGCCCGAGAUUCAGCGCACGCCGCUCGAGGCGCUCUUGUUGCAGAUCAAGUCGACGAGGCCGACGGCAAAUGUGCGCGAGUACCUCGGGAAUGCGCUUGACCCGCCCAAAGUCCAGGCUAUCGAGAGCGCUUGGGCGACGCUCAGGAUGCUCGGAGCAGUCAGUAACGAUGCGGACGGCGCGAAGGACGGCGAUUUGAGCGCAAGGUUGACACCGCUCGGCAUGCACCUCGCGAUGAUACCGGUUGACGUCCGCCUCGCCAAGAUGCUCGUCCUCGCAGCCAUCUUCCGCUGCCUCGACCCGGUACUCACCAUCGUCGCGCUCCUGUCGAGCAAGCCCUUCUUCCUCAAUCCGAUGGAGCAGCGCGACGCAGCGAAGAAGGCCCGCGCGAGCUUCUACACAGCGAGGUCGGACUUGCUGAGCGACGCAAAGGCGUUCGAGGCAUGUCUCGCCGCUCGCAAGGACGGCCACAGCGCGCUGCGACACUUUGCCGAUGAGAACUUCAUCUCCCCCUCGACCUUCCGAGACGUCCUUUCCCUCCGAACCGACUACCUGACCGCUCUCUCCUCUGUCGGUUUCGUCCCCCUGCGCGCGACCGCCUCCGACCCGUCCUUCAACGAGAACAGCCAGAACGAGAACCUGCUCAAGGCGAUUGUAUUUGCGGGCACGGCGAGGUUGGUUAGAGUCAAGGUGCCGAGAGCGGUGUUUGAUAAGGGUAUUUCCGGGGCGGUCGAGAGGGAGAGGGAGAGUAGGGAGGUCAGGUUCUUUGAGCCGGAUGGUCGUGUCUUCCUCCACCCGACGUCGCUCCUGUUCGAAGAGACCCGCUUCUCGACGCCGUUCGUCACCUACUUCAACAAGCAAGUCACGUCGAAGCCGUUCCUCCGCGACGCCAACGAGGUCCCACUCUACGCCCUCUUGCUCUUCUCGUCAGGCCGCAUCUCGAUGGAGAUGGACCGCGGCGUGACAGUCCACCUCGUUUCGCCAACACCGGCGACGACCGACCCGCGCGACCAGGUUGUCCACCUCCGCGCCUGGCCCCGCAUCGGCGUCCUCGCGCAGGGGCUUAGGAAGCUGUUUGAUGCGGAACUCGUGCGAGAGUUGGAGGAGCCGGGCUUUGGAGGUCCGGUGAGCCCAGCAGUGCGUGCGAUGCUCGAGUUGCUCUCGCAGGACGGUGGUCUGAGGUAG